CCAACCAUGCACCUUGCACGCCUUGGCAACGCUUCAGAAAUCAAUGAUUUGAUCAACUAGAUUUUUCUACAUUAGUUAGUCGUUUGUCAAUGUAACGUUAACUGUCUAACCUUUAUAACGAUAUAGCUAAUCACUGUAUUCAACGUCGCUUGCGUUUGGCGUCCACGAGUCAAGAGGCACCAACAGACGAUAUGCCAGCCAAGCAAGGUGGAAGUAGCUAAAGUAACCAUAUCAACAGACAAGACAGGCUCGAAGCUGGGGACAGGGGUAAAACAAAACUGAUCAGAGUAGGAAUCUUACAGCAAACUAGCCAGCUAGUAAGGGAAAUUGUUAUCUAUCGGUAAAAUAAGCGUUUACCACGUGUUAAUGUAUUUAAAUGAGUCUAGUAGCUAGCUACAAAGAACGUAUUGCUACCCUUUUGCUAUCUCGCGUAGUAGCUCCUAGGAUUAGCAGUUAACGCGUAGCGACUUCGUUGAAUUGCAUUGGAUAGCGCUAGAAAGGUUAGCUAGCUAGCUAGCUAGAUUAACGUUUGAAUACAGUAUUUUCUAUAUACAUAAUUAAAAUGCAUAAUGAAGAUGUAUCAUUAGGAUGACAAUAGUUGCUUUCAAGUGUGUCUGACUAGCACGUUCAGGGCAAGCAGCUAGCCAAACCAGUUUGGUAAAUCUGUGUUAGCGCAAUCAGGUUGCUAAAGUGUUAGCUAGCAACUGUAGGUUUACGAUUUGGUGGAUAAAUACACUUUUUCUAGCUGUCUUGAAACGAUUCACGGCCCACCAGAAUCGUUCAGAUAAUUUGACUCUGGACUCGUUAGAUAGUUAAAUAAUUUGGCACUUGCAUGCUUGGCUAGUGUUUGCUAUAGCAUUUAGGCCACGUCGCUGCAGAUGCAUUUCAUCCACUGACAGCGUCAUUGGAUGAAUGCAAACAAGACAGGCGACAACUGUGCGGAAGAGGGAAGGCGCGUGAAUAACUAUUCCCCACAUUUCCUGCAGCUAGCUAAUGCAAUUAACUCGAUUGGGGUUUGAUACAAAUGCUUUCUUUAUUGACUAUGUCAGUGGCUGUAUGUUUGCCGUAAUUGAACGGCAUGUCAGCUACCCAAUUUGUUUACCAGUGGAAGUAUAGGCUUUUCUAGAUCAAUUAUAGAACACAUUCUGAAAUGGUUGGCUUUGGCGCAAACCGACGGGGAGGCCGUCUGCCGUCCUUCAUCCUGAUCGCAUUGAUGGUGAUCAUUGCCAUACUGUCUUUCAACUACUGGACUGUGUCCAACAAGCAAGGGCGCCUAUUGGACGAGUUGGCUGAGGUGCAGACACAGGUGAAGCGGACCGACGCGGCGCGCAGUCGACUGGAGAAGCGCAACUCGGAGCUGAUGGUGCAGGUAGACACGCACAGGAAACAGAUCGAUCAGAAGGAAGGAGAUAACAGCAUGCUGGAGGGCAAGCUGCACGCUCGUGAAGCACUCAUCAAAAAGUGCACAGAUGAAAAGGUGGGUAGGACUCGAUACUAGAUCACUUCAUCCAUCUGUAGUAACUAUGCUUCCUAGUUCAUGCAGGUCUCAGGCAUAUUAACUAACUGUGCCAGAGGUUUGACAGGUGGAAAGCAGCCUUGCACCUGCAUCCUAUUGUUGUAUUACAGUAGAGGGCAAAACCUAGUGUCACCUACCAACAUGGGUAAAAACUGAGCAGUCUCCAGCAAUGUUUUGAAUGCCUAAAACACACACGCAAGCAAGCCAAAGUUGAAAGUGGGUUGUCCCAGUGCAUUGUCGUCAUCUAAGCCUCAGAGAUGAGUUUGAGGUACACGUCAGUACAACCUAAGUGACACCUUUUUUAUUUACUUCCUAAUUCAAGGAAUGAGUCUUGAUGUCAUUUUUAAAUUUAGGUUAAACUCAUAAAAUAACCACUUAAACUAAAAUAUUGUUUAUCUACUUCAGCUGUGAUAGCCAUCAGAUCCUUUGAAUCUCAAAGGUGAUUUCAAAAGCCAUAUCGUGUAACAGCUAAACUCAUUUUUCCCCAUCACAAUAGCGCCUGCUAACCUGGCAUUGCAUUGCAGUUUGCACAUUGUUUAUUGGUGUGUAUUUGUGCUCUUAUAUUAGUCAUUUGACAGGAGGUAUAGUCUCCCUCCCUGCAGACAUGGGGGUUAUGAGUCCCAGCUGGGGCCCCUCUGCAAGGGCCUGUCUGUGUGCCCAGUGCUGGGGACCAGCCUCUUUUUACCCUUACUACAUUGUCUGCCCCCCCUCUUGUCCCAACCGCCUCAAUGUAUGCUUAUGUGCCGCAUCAGAUUGCAUAGGAGGUGUGGCAGAACAGCUGAAGGGGAGGGCCUACCUUUCAUUAGCAUUAUGCCGUACCCACACGGAUGUUUGCUCUUCGGAUUGUGUGGGCUAGCCAUGCCCAAACCGGAUUGUAUAUUUUAAUUACAGCUCAUCUCCUGAAUGUUAAUGGUGUCCAACAGUGCAAAUCUUCUGUUCAACAUGAGGGAUGGUGUAGUGUAAUACCAAUCCCAGAUUUUCCCCAGCGUUAAUCUGCUCGUUGUCCCAUAUCAGGAUCUUAUUUUCUGAUGUUACCAGUGAUAGGGUUGGGCGAUGUCAACCUUAGUCCUAUUGUGAUUAUGUACCCAUAAAACACACCCCUAUUGUACCCUCCAUAAAAUAAAAAAAAACGACAGUUGGCCUAUAGUGUGAAAUUGAAUGCAACUGGACGAAUCAUGACGAAAGAUGAUUUUUAAAAGCCUGGACAGAGGCUAAGUGCAGGCAAUGGCAAAUAUUUUCUAAUAUUCCUUUCUGGUGGAGGAGCAGAACAGGUUUGUGUGUGUGUGUCAGUGUGGCGCACACAUGAUAGAGCAGUGACUGUCUGAGGAACGGGCUGUCUUACCAUAGUGCGCUAGGUUAUAGGCCUACAUCAUGGGCUGGAUAGAAGCAGUCUUUCCCCUCAUUAAAUAAUAGAAAAAUGAAACUAGAUGGACAUUCUCCAUGAAGAAAAAUUGGUGGGACUUUAACUCUUUACAAGUGUCUUUGUGGUAGGGGAAGAAGUUUUAAAUGUUUUACUAAAACCAAGCAGUUAAAUAUAUUCAAAGUUACAUUUAGUAAAAUAAUUGGUCUGAUUGUUUUGAGACUACACUAUCAACUUUAUUACUUUGGAUUGUGGGGCAGCCACUCCUCCAUACAGACCUUCAGGUUUCGGGGCUGUCGCUGGGCAAUACGGACUUUCAGCUCCCUCCAAAGAUUUUCUAUUGGGUUCAGGUCUGGAGACUGGCUAGGCCACUCCAGGAUCUUGAGAUGCUUCUUACGGAGCCACUCCUUAGUUGCCCUGGCUAUGUGUUUCGGGUCGUUGUCAUGCUGGAAGACCCAGCCUCGACCCAUCUUCAAUGCUCUUACUGAGGGAAGGAGGUUGUUGGCCAAGAUCUCACGAUACAUGGCCCCAUCCAUCCUCCCCUCAAUACGGUGCAGUCCUCCUGUCCCCUUUGCAGAAAAGCAUCCCCAAAGAAUGAUGUUUCCACAUUCAUGGUUGGGAUGGUGUUCUUGGGGUUGUACUCAUCCUUCUUCUUCCUCCAGACACGGCGAGUGGAGUUUAGACCAAAAAGCUCAAUUUUUGUCUCAUCAGACCACAUGACCUUCUCCCAUUCCUCCUCUGGAUCAUCCAGAUGGUCAUUGGCAAACUUCAGACGGGCCUGGACAUGUGCUGGCUUGAGCAGGGGGACCUUGCGUGCGCUGCAGGAUUUUAAUCCAUGACGGCGUAGUGUGUUACUAAUGGUUUUCUUUGAGACUGUGGUCCCAGCUCUCUUCAGUUCAUUGACCAGGUCCUGCCGUGUAGUUCUGGGCUGAUCCCUCACCUUCCUCAUGAUCAUUGAUGCCGCACGAGGUGAGAUCUUGCAUGGAGCCCCAGACCGAGGGUGAUUGACCGUCAUCUUGAACUUCUUCCAUUUUCUAAUAAUUGCGCCAACAGUUGUUGCCUUCUCACCAAGCUGCUUGCCUAUUGUCCUGUAGCCCAUCCCAGCCUUGUGCAGGUCUACAAUUUUAUCCCUGAUGUCCUUACACAGCUCUCUGGUCUUGGCCAUUGUGGAGAGGUUGGAGUCUGUUUGAUUGAGUGUGUGGCAGGUGUCUUUUAUACAGGUAACGAGUUCAAACAGGUGCAGUUAAUACAGGUAAUAGGAGAUCACAUUUUAUCACAAAUAACUACACUCAGACUAGCCUACUACACUGUUAUCCACUCUCUUACUACAAUACCACAGUGUAUAUGCAAACUGUAAUAAUAGAGUACAGAAGACAUAGAAAUAUGAGUUAUAGAUUUGUCAUUAAAAGCAAGUUUAAGAAGCGGUAGAUCGGUUCUAUGUGCACUAUUUCUAUGCUUCCCGUUCUUAAGUUUAGUUUUUGGCGUCUUUACUUUCAGUUUUGUACACCAGCUGAAAAUACAAUAUUUUUGUUUAUGAAAAAUAUAUUUCACAGUGGUUUAGAUGGUACAAUGAUUCUCUACACUAUACUGGCUUAUUUUGUGAUUGGUUGUAAUUAUUGCUGUUUUGAUUUCAGAUUUGAAUAUCAGAGAAGUAGACCAAGGUGUCAUACCCUUUUAAGUUUUUAUCUAUGAUGUGUUGUUGGGGAAAGUGGUCAAGGUAGCUGAUUUGUGUUAAAAGUCACAUUUGCUCAUUUGGUGUUUCUCAAAAUGCAUACCACCGUGCUCCGAGUACGGGAGGGUCGGAGUAUGAGUCCAAAUCAAUGUAUGCGACAGAGGGCACUUCUCGAACGCGUACUCUGUUUGCACAUAUUUUGAAGCAUGCGUCGACGCAAGCUUCAAUGUAAAGUAUGCACAGAAAUGUGAUGCAACCACGUAAAAAGUGGCGGUCAUUAUUUGAGCUGAAGCGAGAGAAAAUACACUCCGACUUCGGAAUGAAAUGUUGCUUAUUCACAUCUUAUAUGUUGCCUGACUAUGUUUUAUCUUGAUACAUUAAUAAAACAUGCUGUGUUAAUUUUGGUAUGUUUACUUGCCUACAAUACCCACUGUAGUGUGCGUAGAUUGCAAGCCCAUAGUAAGUCAAUAGGGCUAACUGGCUAGCUACUACUGUUAGCUAGCCAGAUAGUCACUAAUAAUUGUUAGCUAGCUAGCUACCUACAAAGAUUUGACAUCUACCUUGCAUAACAUUUGAGGUCAUUUUUGCCUGUUGAACUAGCUGGCUAGAUUAUUAUGAUUCACAUAUAGCUAGCUGAUAAGUAAAACGUUUGCUUUGCGUAUAUCUUGUUUCGUUUCUAUUGUUGCCAUUGUCCUGGCUGGAAGAAGGUUCAGUGGAGGUGCAGCGUAAGGUAAUAAAGUACUGCGAGUGCUUCUCAAAUGUAAUGUUUUAUGCGUUCUCCACACUCGUCCUCACAAUAAUGUACUCAAGAGAACGUCCUCAGAGAAUGCACUCGGCGCUUGAGAGUGUGGAGCGCGGUAGCAUGCAUAUUGAGAAACAUCAAUUUUCUCAUGCUUAGACUGUGCUCCCCCAUUGUUAUAAUUUGAAAGUUCUGAAAAGUUCCAUGGCAGUUAAUUCAACAGUGGAAAGUUGGCUAAAUUAGUUUGUUACUAAAACGGCUGUACUAUAGGUAGUAGAUAUUUCUGUUCUUAUUUCCAGAUUUGAAUAGUAGAGGAAGAUUUCAUACCCUCUCAUAACUUUUUGUCUGUUGUUCGGAAAGUGGUCAAAUUGACAAAAAUGUAUACAACAAGUUAUUGAUGUGGAUACUAAAACAGCUGUAUCGUUAGAUCUGUACAAUAUAUUUUUGUUCUGAUUCCAUAUUUGAAUAGCAGAGAGGUUGAUCAAGAUGUCAUAUCCUAUAACAUUUUGUCUAACUUGUUGGGAAAGUGGUCAAAGUAGCUGAUUUGUGUCAAAAGUUACAUUGUUUACAGUGAAUGUGAAGUAAUGAUAUCACAAUGGGGUGCUUUAGCCCAUACAAUGACUUCAGAAAAUAUUCACACCCGUUGACUUUUUCCACAUUUUGUUAUAAGGUGGGAUUAAAAGUGAUUUAAUUAUUAUUUUUUGUCAACGAUCUACACAAAAUACUCUGUCAAAGUGGAAGAAAAAUUCUAACAUUUGUAGAACAUUAAUGAAAAAUAAAAGUAUCUUUAUUAGAUAACUAUUCAACCCCCUGAGUCAAUACAUGUUAGAAUCACCUUUGGCAGUGACUACAGCAGUGAGUCUUUCUGGGUAAGUCUCUAAGAGCUUUGCACACCUGGAUUGUACUAUAUUUGCCCAUUUUAAAACAUUACAAAAUACAACAAAUAUAUAUUCUUCAAGCUCUGUCAAGUUGGUUGUUGAUCAUUGCUAGACAGCCAUUUUCAAGUCUAUUCAGUUUAUUUUUAUACUAAAAAAAACUCCCUAGUUGUUGCCGAUGACAAACAUACCCAUAACAUGAUGCAGCCACCACCAUGCUUGAAAAUAUGAAGUGGCACUCGGUGAUGUGUUGGAUUUGACCCAAACAUAAUGCUUUGUAUUCUGUACAUAAAGUUAAUUUCUUUGCCACAUUUUUUAGCAGUUUUACUUUAGUUUUGGAAUAUUUUUAUUCUGUACAGGCUUCCUUCUUUUCACUCUGUCAUUUAGGUAAGUAUUGUGGAGUAACUACAAUGUUGAUGAUCCAUCCUCAGUUUUCUGCAAUCACAGCCAUUAAACUCUAACAGUUUUUUAAAGCAUUUAGAAGCAUUUCACUACACCUGCAAUAACAUGUGUAUGUGACCAAUAACAUUUGAUUUGAAGUCACCAUUGGCCUCAUGGUGAAAUCUCUGGGCGGUUUCCUUCCUCUCCGGCAACUGAGUUAGGAAGGAUGCCUGUAUCUUUGUAGUGACUGAGUGUAUUGAUACACCAUCCAAAGUGUAAUUAAUCACUUCACCAUGCUCAAAGGGAUAUUCAAUGUCUGCUUUAUUUGUAUUUUUUACCCAUCUACCAAUGGGUGCCCUUCUUAAAUUCACUACUCGACUGAGGGACCUUACAAUUAUCUGUAUGUGUGGGGUACAUGGAUGAGGUAGUUAUUCCAAAAUCAUGCCUGGGGCGGCAGGUAGCUUAGUGGUUAAGAGCGUUGUGCUAGUAACCGAAAGGUCGCUGGUUCUAAUCCCCGAGCCGACUAGGUGAAAAAUCUGUCUGUGCCCUUGAGCAAGGCACUUAACCCUAAUUGCGCCUAGAAGUCGCUCUGGAUAAGAGCGUCUGCUAAAUGACAAAAAAAAAAAAAAAUAGUGUACAUGCCAGUUAUUAUGUGACUUGUGAGCACAUUUUUACUCCUGAAUUUAGUUAGGCUUGCCAUAACAAAGGGGUUGAAAUCUUAUUGACUCAAGACAUUUCAGCUUUUCAUUUUUUAUUUAAAAAAAUGUCUAGAAACUGUCCACUGACAUGGGGUAUUGUGUGUAGGCCAGUGACACACAAUCUCAAUUUAAUCCAUUUAAAAAUCAGGCUGUAACACAACAAAAGGUGGAAAAAGUCAACGGGUGUGAAUACUUUCUGAAGGCACUGUAACAUAUUUAUUGAAAUAGGCAAAUAUUGUCUCAUUCACAUUUUUAUUAACCUCCACUGUUGUAGCUCAGCGCAUAAGAAUUUCACUGUACCCUGUGGUUACAUCAGCGACCCUGUGCAUGUGACUAAUAGACUAUCUAGGCUAAACUGUCUCACAUCAUGUCGUCGCCAUCGACGAUGGUUGUCAAUCGUCGUCGAUAGACGAUGCUAUCGUAAUAUCGCCCAACCCUAACCAGCAUCCUGUUCUACUCUGUUCCUCCUGUGCAGGUGUUCCACUCCUCUGUCAACUCCACUACCAAGGACAGGGUGUGUUAGUAACUGUCAGUCACACACCAUAUCAGGAAUGGGAUUUGAGUUGUGGUGGUAGUAGUAAUCAAGGUGUAUUAGCAUAGCCUAGUUAUGCCAAUAGUCCUCUCCUAGUACUGCUGAAAGGGCUGAAGGAUAGAGAAGCAACACAAUGUAAAAGUCUUUGAGGUGCUUUGCUUUAAUGUUUCGGUCUCCACAUCCGCAGUGUGCUUUGUGGGUGCCUAGAAAGAGCACUGUUAUUUUCCACACAGCAGAUUUGGUGGAGAGACUGAACCACUCAGUGUCUCUUUUCAGGGAAGGUGACAGCAUGAAGCUUUUAUCUCCACAAUGGCUGACAUUGAUGCUGUAAUUACUGACACUCCUCUUCUGUGCAUUCUGUCUCAUUAAAGUCCUGAGCCCCUCUUUCUCUCUCUCUCUCUCUCUCUCUCUCUGUGGAUUUGAUUCAAGCCCUUUGUUCUCCCUGGAGAAUCCACCCGUGUGAUUUGAUUGGUGGCUAGUGGCUACUGAUGGAGACGUGAAUCUCAUUUGUGGGGAGGUGUUUGUCUGUGGGACAGUCAUAUAGGGGUGCCCGAAUGGAUACUAUUCCCUCCUUAGCCUAUAAAGAACGGUUUCUUUACUCAUUGAGCGGUUCCUUCGCUUUCACUCCCUUCAAUGAACAAACAGGAGCACAUGAAGAAGGAAUAUCAGACAUGAUGGCAGCCUAACACACUGUUUAGUGACUGGGCCAAUGGAGCUAUCAGAGAGAGAAUCUGCUUUGGGAGAGACUAGUAUUGGAUUGCAUGUAUGGGGACAGGCAAAUAAAGUAGUGAUCUCUUUUGACCUGUGGUUGCUUCCACCUUGAAAGGGUAAUCCCAGCCAGCAAGGCAUCCCCUUGGUGUCUGCACCAUGCUCAAAUCGAUUUGGUUUCUCCGGGCUGGGUUUGACGCUUACUUUUGUCUUAGUUUAUUUCAUGCAUUGAUGGUGUAGAAUACAGUAGGUGUAUGAAGCUCCUAGGUUUGAUGGUCCUAUGCUUGUGGUUUUUCGCAGUUAAUCUCCUGUCCUUACACUGAUGACAGUUUUGCUCAUUCUGACUGGUUAUACGUUUGGCUGGGCUUUAGAGAUAUAGUCAGACCCCAGAUAAGGUAGAUGGUAUAAUUGAGUGGAGGGCAGAGAGGGGCCUGUCUGGAUCAGUCAUGGGCUCAGGAGGACAGAACUCUCUCGUCUGACAGAUUCUCACUCCGUCUGCCAUCUGUGGUCUCUCAGCCACUGACCUGAGUGGACAUAUAUGGCCUGUGUUGGAUUUUGGACAGCUUGAGCGCUUUCAAUUAGAUAUGGUUUGGUAUAUUCAAAAAGAUGGGUAUUGCAGAUGUGAUGCUCCGCAUCUACUAAUUUGUUCUACCAAGUGAAUGCAUUUACUUUGUGCAUGGUAGAGGAGAGGAUACCAAGUAUAUUUGGCAGUGCAUGUGCAGUAGCUCCUUCUGUGACUGAUUGUACUGCCAAUGAGGAGGGCUGCGAUAAUGGCUCCCUCUUUAGGUCACUGGGUAACACUGGGCGCUGAGCCGUCUUUUUUAUUGUGGUCAAGGUAGGGGGAGGGAAAGACCGGACAAAGGAAAGCAAACUGGAUAAAUUAGGAUUUCGUCUCCUUUUGAAAUAGGUGUAGCCUACAUCUGGCAACGGUGUAUAACCAUUGCACAAAUAUGAAACUGAACACAGGAUGUAUGCAUAAAUUAAUCUCAUAAUGCCUUUGUAACAAAUCCACAGAUACAACAUGCUUGAUUUAUGUUGAGCACAGAACGCAAAUACCUACUCUUAUUUGAUGUAGCCUAAUGUUGCCACACACUCAGCCUCACCUCUUUUACUGUGUUAUAUUAUGUUCAAUACAAAGGUAACUGUAUACAUGAAUAGAUGUUAAUACAGCUCAGGUGUUGGUGUGGCCACGUAGGCUAAUGUCUGUCAAUCUUGCGCAUAUGGACACAGAAAUGUGCAGAUACCAGACAUGUAGACACUUCACGUUCUCUGUCCCUCUAAGCAUGCACAAAUAGAGCCCUGGGGAUGGCCUUCCAUCCUCCUCUGUUUCUCUCCCAGCUGCAUUUCACAUUCACCUCCUCCCCUCAGUCCCCUGAGAUCAAUGCUUGCACCCCUCCUGCUGCUCCUGAAAUCUACCUCAAAGCCACAGCCGCUCUCCUCUCGUUGAGGCAACAAAAACACUUGCAAUUGAAUUUUGUCUUUGUACAUGUAUGUAAAGAAGUGGAAUAACUCCUUAGGCGGUCAGUGUGUAAUGUGUAAUGGGUCAAUAGCACAUUGUUCUGACUAUAAGCUGGUUUCACUCUAAGCGGUCUGGGGAUGUAAUAGGAAUUUCCAGGUGAACAAAAGAGCAGUCACAGAAAGUCAAUCGCAAAUCAAUUCUGUUUUACAAGUUGCAACAGAGAGACACCUCCAACACAGAAGCAGAGAAAAUGUCUAACUGGUCUUCUCUGAGAAGGCCCUUAUAUUCUAAACAGCAGACAACGGUUCUGUAAACCCGAGAGGCUAUUGGGAAGUCAAAACAAAAGGCAUGGACUUUGUAAGUUGCUACAGAAUCAGUGUUUCACAGAAUACAAUCGCAAUCACUGUGUCCUUGUACCUCCAGUCUGGCGUCAAUCACUAUCAACAGAUAUGAGUUUAACCCAUAACAUACAGCAUCCAGUUUAGUGACAUCAACCCAAGUGUCACAAACAGAACACUAGAAACCAUUUCUGUAUUACAGAAAGGGAAAAUGUAUAAAAAUGCUAAACAUUGUUAAUCACUCUAACCUGAAUGUGAACUUUAUUCAUCUUAAAUAUUCCUAUUACAGUGAGCCAUAGAUGUGUUCAGCUUAGAUAGGUCUCCCUCUCUCCCUCCAUCAGGCUUCAUUAUGAAGGGGAGAGGAGAUCUAAUGAAAGCUGCUGCUCUGUGGAUUGUUCUGACUUCCUCAGCCUGGCUGUCCCUAGGAUCUCUCUUCCAUCUAAUCUGACUCUAUCUGGCUGCAGAUGGUCUUCUAGUCACUCGGCUGGUCAGACACAAUGAAUCCGAUGGAGCAUUUUGCAAGCAGUUUUCACUCAGCAGAACCUUUAUUCAGCUAGAUAUCUCUGUUGCUGAGCUGACAUUAAAGUGCUAUUGCACCUGGCCUUAGUAUAAAAAUGUCAUCCUUCCAGUUAGGCUAGUUCAGCCACUUUAUAUUUCCUGUUAAACCGGUUGUAUUUGGCAUUAAUAUGAUAACAAAGAGUUCUGGUAACAAAGUGUUCUGGUGACCUUUCCUCAGACUGAUGUUCUUUUCUGUCCUUCCCAGAUGAAGGUGCAGGGUGAUGUCACAGCACAGAUGUCGGAGAUUGUGAGGCUGAAAGGUAAGAGCAGACACUGGCCAGCAGAGGGCACACUUCUGUUGGGGUCUUAUGGCUAGCAGAAGGCAGUAUGGGCUUGUAUUACCAUAGAUGGAGCCUGGAGCAGUAACAGCAGUUUGCAUAAUGCUGUUAGUGCUGUUAAGAUGUUUUAUCUCAAGUCCCAAGUGGACUCUAAUGCAUACAGAUUUGCAAUGUUGUCAUUCCUAGUUUCUUUAUUGAAUGAUUGUCCAACACUAAAGCUGUAGCCUAAUAUCACUGCAUGGGUUGAAAUUGCAUUUGUCCAUAGAAUAUGAACCCUAAGGUUAUAUUGUGUGUUUUUGGGGGGGUGUAGAGCAGCUGAAGGAGCUGAAACAGGAGUUUAUGAGGCAGGAGAUCCAGCUGAGGGAGGUGAAGAAGAACAGCACCAAUCUGGAGAGGAAGCUGGAGUAUGAGAGGUACAGAGAAUGAACUCUUUCAAUAAAUCUUUCAUGUUCUUGCUCUAGGCUCACAAAAUCACAGCAAAAUUGAGGUUAUAAUGACUAUCGCACCAAUAUAGCCAUUGGUGUGAAUUCUAACACGAGCUUCAUUGCUUUUCUCUCUGAUUUGUCUAACCAAUUGUUUGUGUGUAUGUUAGUUUGCAGUGUGGGCGUCAAAUCACACAACUAAUGGACGAGUAUAAAGAAGCUAAAAAGACCCUGGAGGAGGAGGCGGUGGAGCUGAGAAAGGUGAGGCCCUCUAUCAGAGCACCUAGUCAUGAUGUCCCUACCUUUCCUUUCCCCGUAAUGUAAGUGGUUGUCUACCACCCCCUGCUGGUGUUCAUAGAUCAUACACUGUGGAAUAUCCUUUGUCCUGGAUGUCAGCAGCUCUGCACUUAGUCAUUGUGACUUUUUUGCUUACCCAGCAAUAGUGAUUAUAUUCAUCCCUCUCCUCUCUGUUUCUUCUCCCUCCCCUCCCUCCCCACCCUCUGCAGAGUGUGCUGGAUAGCAGGAAGGUCGGAGCUGCAGAAGGAGGGACUGAGGUGGAGACAGCAGAAGAGCACCACACUGUGGCCACACACCAACGAGACACUGACCUCAAAGGUAACAUUACAACCAGCUCAUAUUGCCACAUUCUGCCUGUGUAAUAUGUUUCAGAGCUAACCCACCCUCUCUCCCUCCACCCCACCCACUCUACUCUCCCUCCACCCCAUCCACUCUUUUCUCUCCCCAAUCUCUCUCUCUCCCUCCCUCCUGGCACAGAAGAUUUGGGCAAGCCUGGCAGUGAUGCUGGCAUGCCUGGUAUUGAGGACAGUGAAGUGGGAAAAAUAGAUGAUGUGCAAUUUGGUGAGUAUUUAUUCUCUCUGGUUAUUCUACUUUUGAUGAUGACCCUGGCAGUAAGUUGUGUCAACUGUCCUCCUCCCCUCUCAAGUGGAACUGUCCUCCUCCCCUCUCAUUGUCUCUAGCUCUGAAGAAGCCAGCCAUCACCCAGAACCACAUAGAGAUACCUGAUACUGGGUUAAGAGAGGUGGGGGCUGGUAUGGGAGCAGAGGCGGGUGCAGGGGCAGGUGAGGGGGCUGGGCGAGACCUCUCUCUGGACCGGCCUGUGCUCCAGAUUCAGGACAAGGUCCUAGGGUUGGGGAUGGAGGGGCGAGCGGGGGCCCUCCAGCAGCAGCCCCCCCAGGCGGUGGCAGACAGACCCAUCCUCUUUGACGAGGACAACAAGGCAGCCAUCCAGGCAGAUGAGUUCGGAGAGCAGCACAGACCGCUUAGAGGUAUGUCAACUCAACUCAUGCUCCACACACUACAUAUUUGCAUUUUCAAUGUACUUUAUUAGUUUUGCUGCACAGAGACAAAACCACUUAUUUAGAACAGUAAUGCUUUAGUGGUGACAUGCUAUCAUGGUCUGCCAUUGAGUUUGAGACUUGAGGCCAUGGCCUGGGUAUUGCUCUGACUGGGCUCUUAAUGGCUGUGUGCAGCAGAGGCUCCGCUGCUCUUGGCCUCUCUUCAACUCCACACUAGCUGCCAUAAAACGUGAGCCAUGCUGGCUUCCUGUUUUUAGUUCAGAUUUUUUUUUCAUGGAAUGUUUGUGUAGAAAAUGGAGGGAAAAGUAUUGUUGGCGCAGUGCUCUGCUCUCUGUUUGGCAACCUCUGUCUUUUUAAAGGUGAUUAAUCCUUUUCUCCCAGAGAUUGAAAACAUGCUCCUUCAAACUGUAAGCUAGCUUUCUGUGAAGGAGCACAUUCAGUACUACAGGACAGAGUUCACCCUAAACCUCUCUACUGUACAUUUGAAAUGAAAAGCCCAAAAAGGAUGACCAAAUUUCUGGUGAAAUAUUUCUAACAGAAAAGUCAUUAUUGAUGCUACCUCUGUUUCGCUGUCUCCUUUAAGCUCCUGACAAUGUGAUGAAAGCAGAUGGUGUACAGAGGAAAGGGGCAGGACUGCCUCCUAACCCCGCCCAGGUGCCUAACCCUAUAGAACCUCGGCAUGCCAGAGACCCCAAGCCUGCUGAGCCCCUGCGUCACAGACAGAGUGAGUGCCUCCAAAGGCUGGUGGAGAUGGGGGGGGGACUGAGGACCUCUCAGUACACAGGAGAUGUGACACAUGGAGACUUAUGCUGUGGUUGUGUCUUUACUCUGAAAUGUAACUGCAGCGUCCCAGUAAGAAGAGCUUCUCUCACUUGCAGAUGUGUCAAGGUUACAACAUAACCUUUACAAUAACAUAAGCUAUUUUUGAACGCACUCUGCAGUCCGAGCCCUAUCUAGAGUUUUCUUUCUCAAGGUUGCGUUAGGUCUACUAUAAGUGGUUGCCUUCCCUAGCUAUCAGGGUUUUAACAAACCUUCCUCAACACUGCUCAUAAAGUCAUUCAUAUUAGAGGUGCUGUCGCCACAGACUGAAUUGAGAGAUGGCCAGAUGCCAUAGAGUACGCACAGUGAGAGAGGCCCCCUGACUUCAAGGGUCUCAGGGUGUUCCUUCCUGCUGCCUGCCUGGCUUCAGCUCUGCUCCCUCCCUCCCUCCCUUCGCUGCCUACUCUCCAAACAAUACCCCAACCAGCUGCCCUGCCAGCUACCCUUCUCCUUGCUUCAUCUUCACACACUCUGCACCACACAUACACACACAUGUUUUCCUCCCAAGUUCCUUUACACUGACAUCACUUCAUUGCCAAUUACUUUUUUUUUCUCCCCCAAAAAAACCCCUUAAACAUAUAUACUAUGCCUCCCUCCCAUACCUUUACUGUCCAACCCAUCACCUCCUCCUUCAGUCCAUCUCAUACCCUCCAUUUCUUAGUUUCAUCAUCCUCUCUUUCAUUCACUCUCUCCCCCUUCUUCUGACUCUGUCACAAUCUCUUUGCUUCCCUCCCUUCCUGAUGGGGCCCUUCUCUGCCUCUACAGGCCGUUUCUUUGAUGAGAACGAGUCCCCUGUAGAUCCGCAGCACGGCUCUAAGCUGGCGGACUACAAUGGGGACGAUGGGAACGUGGGUGAGUACGAGGCGGACAAGCAGGCCGAGCUGGCCUACAAUGAGGAAGAGGAUGGUGAUGGUGGGGAGGAAGACGUCCAAGGUGAGCCAGGCCAGGGGUCUUCAAGUCCAGCUGUAUCACCAUUUCUCCCUCCUCCACUCCUGCUGCCCCUGCAUUAGAUUCAGUACCACCAGCUCGGCCAUAGCUCACAGCACCCUGAGUUACCCACCAUUCCUGUCUCCGGAACAUCCAUAACCAACCUCCCCUCAGGAUCUAAGCCUGAGGACUGUUCAGUGGGUCAUUUAGGCUGGAGGGCAAGCCUCCCAUCAUUGUAUACCACAAUAAAGCCUUACCUCUACAUGUGGAUAGGGGCACUUCUCUCCCUCAGUGACUUAUGGUUCUGUGUGACUCCACUCCAAUGUCUGCAUGCCCCAUCCAGCUGUGCGCUUCCCCACUGUCUGUGCUCCGCCACCUGUCUGUGCCCACUGGACAUCUGUGUACACCUGCAGUAGAUGAAUAGAUGCUGUGUUUGAGUAGUACUUGAAGUUUCAAAUGCAUGUGCGUUCUGGUCUUAUCAUUAUUAUACGGCUGUCAUUCAUUUCUCCACGACAGGUUAGAUUGUGAAGUGUUUUGUGUGUUAACCUUUAAUGUAAAUGUAAAUCAUAACCAUUUAUAACAGCUGUUGUUGUUCCUGCCAUUGAAAGUGCCAUUUUCGAAUAGGCUACUGUGAUGACAAAGUAGUGUUAAGGAAUUCUAUGGCGGACAUGGGACAAGACUAAUACAUACAAUAUGUUGCUCUUCUAUUGAGCAUUCCUAAUGAUAAUCUUUAGGGAUUUCCUUUUAAAUCUAUCUAGCAGCUGUUAUUUAGGGAUGAGGGAGAUGACUACUCCCUGAUGUUCUGUCCUCAAUCUCCUUUCAGAUGAUGAAGACCGAGACAUGCAGGGAGACCGGGCAGUGGACUAUGGAAAGAGACGUCAAGCCAUCGACAUUUUGUAAACCUUAUCAACUUGCUCUAGGAUCUUACUGAAAUGGAGUGGGAUAGCAAAUUCGAGCAAAAGGGUUUAUUCCUCCGCAUUUUGUUUCACUGUUGCUUCGGAUGUCAUUCUUAGGACUGGUUGGAAUCAUGAAGACGUUUUAGGUGCAUCUCUUAUGGCGAUGGACUGUUCUGAAGACACGGUACAGAUUAUUAUUCCAUGAAGCAGUUUGACCUAAAACCAUGUAUCAUUGAAUCUAUAAAACAAUUCAUGAUAAUAUGGUUCUGUGCAGCCGUUGACUUGCAAAUAAUGAUUUUAUAAUUUAUUUGGUAUUAGAAUUCCUUAGCGAUUACAAUGAUAUAAUGUACAAGAGUGCUAUACAGUGUACAUUUGUAAUGUUUUUUUCAUGACAGAUUAUGAAGGCUUUUGUUUUGUUUACUACUUUGAAUGAACUGUCAGCUGCAAGAAUAGACUGUAGUGGUCUGAAAGAGCCAGUUUGGCCCAGAACAUCGCUGGCUUAGAUGACUCUGUUGCUGACCUGGUCACCUAGACUGGCAGGCAUAGCAUAUUGCUUGAAAUGGGGAACUUUAAUUUUACUUGUCUUUACCUAAAAAGGAAUAUGUUUCCCUUCUGAUUUGGGACAGCUGUUACUUGACAAAGAAAAAAAACCUGAAAACUGUUGCUCCGAACUGUGUCAAUGAAUUUGACGCUUUCUCUCUUAUUGUUGGACUCUUGUAUGGACGCCCACACUUCAAACACAGCUGCUCCAACCAACGCAGCGCUUCUGCCAAGGACUUCUCAUGGCUUCUUAAACCUCUUUGUUCAUCUUAUUUCUGUCACAGACAUAACACUCCAAAGUGCAUGCAAUCUUUAUUAAUCAACCUGAAGAACGUCUUGAAGCUGGAUACAAUACUUAGACCAGUUUAGAAUUAGGAAUCCUGUGGAGGACUAAAAGCUCAAUGCACACCUGUCCUGCUAAUAAGAAUGGACUACAGUAGGCAUAGAUGUACAUAUUUGAACUGUUUCUAUUUUAACUGUAGGACUCGAGAGACUAUUCUUCCUUGAAAUAAUAAGCAUAAAAUCAGUUUUGUUUGUCUAAAAGUUGGUGAUUUCAUAUGGAAGGUCGGCAUAUUGAAUGUACGCUGCUGAUGUUUUGGUUUUUCAAGAUCAUAAUGUAAUUAAGAUAUUUGGGUAGUUAAUUGUUACAACUGUACAAUUUAGAUGCUAAUGGAUAUAACUGUGAACCAGUCAGCCAGUCCCCAACUAAGUUUUCCCUCAAAUUCCAACGUGUUACUUAUCUGCUGGGGAUUAUUAAAAGCUGUUGGUAUCACUGAUCUUGGGGGCAAUUAAUUUAUCAUUUCAUACU